AUGGUCGCUCAGAACCAGAGUUUGGCGGUUACAAACCGCUUGCAUCUCAUAGGCGGACGGUCUGUGCUUCUCGAGGAGGGCGUCGCGGGAAACGAUGCGACAAACGCCUACUUUAGCCUCCACCGAAAAGAAGUUGUGCAAAACCCCCAGUACCAGCGUCUCCAGAUCGGCGUCCUCGAAGGCGGAGUCGAGCAUUUAGGCCUGAACGACAACGGAUUACUGAGCAAGCUUCCCUACGCCGAGCCGAGUUGGUUGGUGAAUGGCUUCCACUCGCCCUACUUCACCGACAACCAUAGGACGUUCCAAGUCACAGUGAGGAAGUUCGUCGAUGAGGUCUGCCCCGACGCGCAGCUCCGUGAAGACGGGAAGAGGCCGUCGCAGCAUGUCAUUGACGAGAUGGCACGCCUGAAUAUCAUUGUGAUGCGCUUGGGAUCGGGAAAGCAUUUGAAAGGACGUGAGUUGAUGAGCGGGAUCGUCAAGCCUGAAGAGUUCGACCAGUUUCACGAGCUGAUACUUUGGCAAGAGCUCGGACGCAUACAUGCGCGUGGUUAUAGCGAUGGGCUUGGGAGAGGGUCGUGUAUCGGUCUGCCUCCCCUAAUCAACUUCGGUAGCAAGUUCCUAAGUGUUACCAUCGUGCAGGAGAAGUUCAUCUGCCUAGCCGUGACGGAGGCGUUUGCGGGAAGCGACGUCGCUGGAAUCAAGUGCUCUGCGACUCGGGCAGAAGGUGGAUGGGUUGAAAGUGAGUUUGCCGGCUUUAAAUGGAUUACGAACGGCACAUGGGCUGACUACUUCACUGUCGCGUACCAUGCAGAAGGAGAUUACAUGGUGCUGGUCGUCCCACGGCAAGAAGGCCUCACAACCAAGCCAAUUCAUACUUCGUAUUCAAUCACAGCUGGAACUGCUUUCGUCACUUUCGACAAUGUUUCUGUGCGGAACGAGUUCGUGGUGACAGAGAAGAAUGGUCGGCAGCUCGUUUUCAGCAAUUUCAACCAUGAACGAUAG